AUGACGAUGGAGGAGACCAAAAAUGCCGGUAACGGUGCUGAAGACCCUGAUACAAAAGGUUUUGUGCCUAGGAUUUCUUCCACGAGUGAAUCUUCCUUGGAAGAUCCGCGCGGGCAAGUGAAGAAAAUCGAAUGUACAUUUGGGUCGACCGACGAUCCGCGGUAUUCCAAGCCGAUCCCGGAGUAUGAGGGUGCUCAUCGCUGGGACCCAGGUUUUGACUGGACAGAAGAAGAAGAAAAGGCCAUUGUACGAAAGAUUGACUGGCGUGUUUGUACAUUCGCAUGUAUGACUUUCUUUGCACUGCAGCUCGAUCGAGGAAACGUCGUGCAGGCUACUUCAGAUAACAUGCUGGGCGAUCUGGGCAUGAACACCAACGAUUACAAUACGGGCCAAACGAUCUUUCUCGUCAUGUUCCUGGUCGCUGAGCUUCCGUCCCAGCUCUUGUCCAAGUGGUUUGGACCCGAUCGGUGGAUUCCGGUGCAGAUGGUUACCUGGAGUUUGAUCGCUGCGUGUCAGGCAUUUGUCAAGACUAAAGGAACUUAUUUCACUACUAGAGCUCUAUUGGGGCUUCUCGAGGGUGGAUUCAUCCCUGACACCAUCUUAUACCUCUCUUUCUGGUAUAAGUCAAACGAACUCCCAAUUCGACUGGGUUUCUUUUGGUUUGCCUACGAAUUCACCCAAGUGGUAAGCGCCUUCCUGGCUUUCGGAUUCCUUCACAUUCGCAACUCCGAUGGCACUGGAGGCUGGCGAUACUUGUUCGCUUUCGAGGGACUGAUUACUGGUGUCAUCGGUAUCAUUGCCGCUUUCUGGAUGGCGCCGUCUCCAACCCAAACAGCCGGUCGCUUCCGUGGUAAGAAUGGCUGGUUCAAUGAACACGAAGAAAAGAUCAUGGUCAAUCGCGUGCUCCGCGACGACCCUAGCAAAGGUGGCAUGCAUAACCGCCAACCGGUCACACCCAAGCUCCUCUGGCAAGCACUGAAGGACUACGAUAUGUGGGUGAUCUACAUACUCGGCUUGUCCUGGAUGAUUCCCAGCAUCCCCGCCGCAACUUACCUGAGUCUGGAACUGAAGUCGCUCGGAUUCAGCACCUUCAACACCAAUCUGCUCAGUAUCCCAGCUUAUGUGAUCUUCAUGAUUAACUUGUUAUCUUGGACUUGGAUCUCCGAGAAGUUUCAGAUUCGUUUCUUGCUCGGCGUUGGUGCUGAGGCAUGGUCUCUCAUUCUUCUGAUCGCCCUUGAAUGCCUUCCAAAUGGAGCUAACGCAUGGGUGCGCUGGGUUUUACUCAUCUUGCUCAUUGGCAUGCCGUAUGUUCAUGCAAUUCUGGUGGCUAUCACGUCCCGUAAUGCAGGAACCGUUCGGACGCGCACUGUUGCGACAGCCUUGUAUAACAUGGCCGUGCAAGUGAGCAAUAUCAUUGCAAGCAACAUUUACCGAACCCCCGAUAAACCAUAUUAUCGCACCGGUAACAAGGUUCUGAUUGGAAUUACCGUGUGGAGCAUGUUUAUGUUCAUUGUGUGCAAGUUUUAUUACGUCUGGCGAAACAAGCAGAACGCUGCGGUUUGGGACAACAUGAGCAACGAGGAGCGGGAGAGAUACGUCGUCGAGAACAAAGACCUCGGUAACAAGAGAGUCGAUUUCCGCUUCUUACAUUAG